AUGCGCUCUUUCUUCAAUAAGCCAGCCUGGGCUAAGACAGAUGACGAACCCUCGGCGCCCGAAUUCUAUCGCAGAUCCCAUCAGACAUACAAGGAUAUCCUAAAGGCGAAUAGAGAGCAACGUCGCGAAGAAGCCGCAAAAUCCGCCUUGAAACCUGUCGUCGAGUCGACCAGAGUUCCCGUCCGUUCUUCAAAGCGUCGCCGCAUAUCAGGCCAAGAUGACGAGUCGAUAAAAGAUGCUUCAGAGACUGACGAGAAUAAAUCAGAUGCUUCGUCACCACCGGUCGAGCAGUCAGCGAAGAAUAAUAAAACCAAACAUGUUGAAAGCCGAGAAAAUUCCCAGGAUAUUGAUGAGGUCGCACUCGAAAAUGAGCUGGCUGUUGCCGAGAAACAGAGAACGCCCUCGCCUGGGGUUCAAGUUGUUGAAGAACCACCACGGUUCCAAGAAUCUUUAUCCCGUCACCGACCUACACUAUCGCCAGAAAAGGCUCGGAGCUCAUCGUCGUGUCAAGAUGGAGUAUUAGCGAACGCUGGAAACGCAAAGGCCGCAAAUGGUACUCAAGAAGACGCAGAUCGAAAAGUAGAAAUGAAAGCCGAGGUCGUGGUAGAGAUACUGGUCACAUCUGAGAUUGAAAACACCAAACCGCUGAUUGUUCGGCGACAUAUGUCACAACGAUUUCGAGAUAUUCGCUUAACGUGUCUUGAAAUCAGUUCUUCGUCGUCCCUAUCUGAUGAUUUAGACUUUGAGGAGGGGGGGUCCCGUGAUGUGCUGCGCAUCCACGUUGAAGCCGUGACGGAUGAGUUCUUGAAAGCUCGGGCUGAAGCAGAGGAAUUGGCUUCGGCACCUUCAGCUCCUUCGCAAACCGCCGAUAGCGAGGCAUUUCACAUUGUUCUGAAGAGUCCAGGUUAUGGUGAUUUGCGAGUGAAAGUCCUGCCCCGGACGCCUGUCCAACAGAUCAUAACCAAUUUUCGGAGCAAGAGGAAUAUAUCCCCGGGCAGUCAAGUUCUUCUCUCGUUUGACGGAGACGUCCUCGACCCUGACUCACAACUAAAGGAUUACGACAUCGAUGACAUGGAUCUUGUGGAAGUCAUCCUCCGAUGA